AUGAACAGGUACAGCGUCUCUACCACGGCUGCGUCUGUGACCACUGACUGCCAGGAGGUGUACGUCCCUAACGAGGUCUUCCUGGUGGUUGGGGUACUGAGUCUGGCUGAGAAUCUCCUGGUAGUGCUUGCCGUGAUAUGCACGCCUAAACUCCACUCUCCUAUGUACCUGUUCAUCUGCAAUCUAGCUGCCUUCAACACCCUGUCCAGUCUGUGCAUGGCCUGGGAGAGCAUCAUGCUAGCCUUCUCUGCUGCUGGCCACUUGGACACGCGGGGGACAUUGGAGCGUCACCUUGACGAUGUGACGGACUCUCUGCUAUGCACGUCCUUUCUGGGUUCUUUCUGCAGUUUCCUGGUGAUUGCCGUGGACCGCUACAUUACUAUAUUUCAUGCUCUGCGGUAUCACGUCAUUGUGACGUGCCGACGGGCAAUCGUGGUGCUAGGGAUGACCUGGGCACUGUGUGGCACCAGUGGAGCACUUAUGAUAAGGUUCUCUCACACCACCACUACUGCCAUGGUGACCUUCAUCAUCAUGUUUCUGCUGGCGCUGCUCCUCAUCCUCCCCCUCUAUGGACACAUGUUUCUUCUUGCGCGGAAACAUGCAGGACACAUCGCUUCUUUACCAGGUGCUACAGGAGCAGGAAGAGCUCGCCUCCCCGGCUGGAGGAGCAUGCAGGCAGCCGUGACGCUCUCCAUCCUAUUCGGUGUAUUUAUGGUGUGCUGGGCACCUUUCUUCCUGCACCUGUUGUUGUUAAUGCUGUGCCCACAGGACCCGUACUGUGAAUGCUAUCGUUCCUUGUUUCAGCUGCACCUUCUGCUGUCGGUCAGCCAUGCGGUGAUUGACCCCACAAUCUAUGCCUUCCGCAGUCAAGAACUCCGACGCUCAUUUCGGAGGAUGUUGCGAUACCCAAUUCUGAGGAUAUAAAGUCAUGUUUCCAAGCAUGCCUACUAGCACCAUCAUUCAUCAGUCAACUUUCACAGUUACUAUGAAAGCAGAGACGUAAGUCAUAUGACCGUCUAUUCAACUCCAACAGUCUCAAGUGUACACACCCAGGCAUACAACUUCGGCACAGGCAUCACUUACUCAAUGUGUUAUUGUACUGGUUUUUAGAAAAUUG